UCGAAUGUUUACCGAGCAGGCAUAGAGUGGUGGUGAGGAAAGUGACAGUCACUGGAGCCUUGGUGUAUGGUGAAACACAGGUGAUUUCAGCUUCCACGGUUGCAUUUUACAGCGGAAUGUUCACUCGAAGGGGGCAUGGAGACGUCAAGAAAUCUACACAGAAAGUUCUGGACCCAAAGAAGGAUGUACUGACCCGGCUCAAACACCUCCGGUCACUGUUAGAUAUCAUUGACAAGAGUGAACUGAAGGCAUUCUUCGAAAGCAACUGUUCUCAGAUUUAUUUUAUCUUCUAUGAAAAUUUCAUUACACUGGAAAGCAACUUAAAACAAAAAGGGAACAAAUCUCAAAGGGAGGAGCUGGACUCUAUCCUCUUUAUUUUUGAAAAAAUUCUACAACACCUGCCUGAGAAGAUCUACAACCGAUGGCAGUUUCACAGUAUAGGUUCUAUUCUGAAAAAGCUUCUACACACUGGAAAUUCAUUCAAGAUCCGCUGUGAGGGGAUUCGUCUCUUCCUGCUGUGGCUGCAGGCCCUGAGGGACAACUGUGCUGAGGAGCAGUUCCUUAUCUUUGCCUGUCUGGUGCCAGGUUUCCCUGCUGUGCCCUCCACCAGAGGGCCCUGUACCCUCGACACCAUCAUUUACAACCCUUUCUCCAACCCUCCUGAUGCUAAGGUGGUGCCUGAGGAGAUUACCCCGCUGGUUCCGGCUGUUGUGGGAGAAAAGGUUGCAGAUGACCAGACCUGUUACAUCCUUGAAACCCUGCUCAAGUACAUGGUCAUCCAGGCAUCCAGUUUAGAAUGGAGGAACAAAGAGAACCAGGACACUGGCUUCAGGUUUCUCUUCAGCCUGUUCAAGAAGUACUACCUUCCACAUCUAUUCCCCUCCUUCACCAAGCUUACAAAUCUCUACAAGCCUUUAUUAGACCUCCCCCACCACAGACCAAAACCCUUGUAUGUGCCAGUGACGCGGAACAAUGAGAGCACCUUCUGCACCAGGGACCAGUACCUGGCACCCCGAGUGGCCUUCAUCACCUGGCUUGUCACCUUCUUCCUGGAGAAGAAGUAUGUCAGCAGUGCUGCUGUGGCGCAGAGCGCCAAGAAUGGCACAGAGGUCAUUCCCAAACUCAUCCAGACUGUCACUGCAGGCAGUAGCAGCCAGGAGAAGGAGAAGGAUAAGACAUCAGAUGGGGAUCCGAACGGGCCUGCAGGGGAGCCUGAGAAGAGCCACUCCAACAGCAGCACGCUGUCAGAUCGACGGCACAGUGAUUCCAGCUUGUGUAGCAUCGAGGAGGAGCACCGCUAUGUCUAUGACAUGGUGCAUGCCAUCCUGCUGUCCACCAGAGACAAUGUGAAUUUUGUCAACGAGGUCUUCCACCAGGCCUUCCUGCUGCCAUCUUGCGAGGCAUCAGCAACCAGGAAGGUGAUCAAAGUAUACAGGAAGUGGAUACUGCAGGAGAAGCCCAGCUUCAUGACAGAGCCUGAGACAACUACACAGGAAGAUGAGGUUGAUCAACGCUCUGAACAGAUACUCAGCACAGAGACUAACAGCAUGCACACACAGAUGAUAGAGAGUCACGGCCACAGACGGUCAUCCAGCUGGGGGAGGACUUAUUCAUUCAGCAGCGCCAUCAGUCGCGGCUUUCUCACAGAGGAGCAGAACAGGGAUGUCAAGGCUGGUAUCCAGCCCACACUACAGGUGUUCCUGACCAACUCAUCCAAUGUUUUCCUGCUGGAGCCAUGCCAGGAUGUAGCUAAACUCCUGGAUAACCAGGUGGAGGUGUGCAAGGGUGUUCUCAGCAUCUACCGGCACAUGAUCAUGGAGCACACGAUGAAUACACAGACAUGGGAGCAGAUGCUGCAGGUACUGCUAAGAGUCACUGAGGCAGUGAUGAAGAGGCCACAGGAAAACCAAAGAAAAGACAACUUUGCUGAAAGUUUAGCAUCUAUACUUUUUAGGACCAUCAUUGUGGCGUGGGUGCGAGCCAACCUGUGCGUAUUUAUUUCCCGGGAGCUAUGGGACGAGCUGCUGGCAGUGCUGUCCUCUCUUACCUGCUGGGAGGAGCUGGUGACAGAGUGGGCCAGCAUCAUGGACUCGCUGACGGCUGUCCUGGCACGCUCGGUUUAUGGCCUGGACAUGGCCAGCCUGCCUCUGGACAAACUCAGCGAACAGAAGGAGAAGAAGCAGCGAGGACGUGGUGUGAUCCAGGACUCUCAGAAGGCAGCGGCAGUGGCACGUUCCUUCUCACUGAGCUGGAGGAACCAAGGGGAGCAGAGCGGGCCGGGAGUUCAGGAACCCAUGAGGAUUCGCUCCGCCACUACGUCAGGAGCUCCUGGUGUUGAGAAGGCCCGUAACAACGUCCGACAGAAGGCCUCCGCUAAGCGAAGCCAGUCCAUCAGCAACUGUGUUCAUCUGUACGAGGCUUUGCCCACUGCUAAAAGCGUUCCUAUGCUGCUCCACACUGUGAGCUCUUUCUUGCCUGGUAUCUCUUCUGGUAACUCUGCUUGCUCUCACAGACUCUCAGAUGUGGAAGAGUGUCAGCUGUCAGAAUGUGGGUUAGAGGAGGAGCUUGGAGGCGGGGAUAGCCCUCUGCCACGUAGCAGCAGCACCUCCGACAUCACCCAACAACUGUCUGACACUUUGCCAGCCCAGAAGAGAGAGUACUCCCCUACUUCCUGUGGCUCUGAAAGCAGGACAUCUGAGGGGAGGAGAGAGAGCAGUGAGCCACCAGUGAUCCUCAUCCGGCAGAGCAGCAGUCCCGCUGAGACAGAGUGCAAUGCUGAGGGACACACGAACCACACAAGACCCAAGCUCAGAGAGAAAAGUGAGAGUAUAAGCAGUGAGACGUCCAACGGCUACCUCAAUGAAGCUGAGGUCACCUGGCAGGCUUUUGAUGAGGAAGCUGACACUCAGUCCACACAAUCAGCCCACAUGGAUGUGACAACUGACCCCCAGAGCCAGGGGAGUCUGCUGCUCAGCCAUAAUGAGGCUCUCGCAGGUCCUGAUUGUGCCCACCCUCCCCACUCUGCACCCCCGUCCUACCACCACCACCACCACCACCACCACUACCACUACCCCCAGAACCCGCCCGCCUCACCAGCCCUGGUGGUGCACACAGAGUGCCCACGGGAGUGCCCCCUGGAUGACAACAUGCAUCAGUCUGUCUUACACAUGCCACACCACUUGGACAGUAGUGAGUGUCUGGCUGAUGACGUGAGCAUAAUUGCGGGUGGGACCCUGACCGGUUGGCAUGCUGAUUCAGCCUUCGUCCUGUGGAGGAGGAUUUUGGGUAUCCUGGGAGAUGUCAACAACAUCCGCUGCCCAAAAAUCCAUGCCAAGGUCUUCUCCUGCCUUUAUGAUCUCUGGCACAAGCUGGCCAAGAUCCGGGACAAUCUCGGGAUCAGUGUGGACAACCAGUCUUCUCCACCCCAGCCUGCCUUCAUCCCUCCUCUUCGAAUGUUGGCCUCCUGGCUCUUUAGGGCCACCAUGCUACCAGCUGAGUAUAAGGCUGGCAAGCUGCAGGCCUACAAGCUGAUCUGUGAGAUGAUGACCAGGCACCAGGAUGUGCUCCCCAACAGUGAUUUCUUGGUGCACCUCUACCACAUCAUGCACAAGGGCAUCACCAGCAAUGACCAGGAUAUUUUGAACACCAUCAUCCGCUCCUGCUCUCCUCGUUUUUUCUUGCUUGGCCUGCCGGGCUUCACCAUGCUCAUCGGAGAUUUCAUCACUGCUGCUGCCUGCGUUCUCAGCUCUGACUCAUCGGAGGCUCCAAGGAUGGAGGCUCAGACAAUCCUGGGCUCCCUUGUGUGUUUCCCCAACCUUUACCUCCAGAUUCCUGUACUACAGAAUGUGCCUGGCUCUGAUGACAUCAUUGUAAGCAACGAGGAUAUCAAGGAUUAUCUGGUCAACAUCCUGCUAGAGACGGCAACAAAGGAACACUGUGAAGGAGCCAGGUGCAUUGCUGUGUGCAGUCUGGGUCUGUGGGUUUGUGAGGAGCUGACGCAGAAGAACAUCCACCACCAGGUCAAAGAUGCCAUCAAUGUUCUGGGAGUAACACUAAAGUUUGGAAACAAAGCAGUGGCUCAAGUGGCCUGUGACGUAUUUCAGCUGCUCAUCUCUCACUGGGAACAUCUCCAGAAGUUGGAGCCCACUCUACCUAAGAAAAUCAUUGAGAUCUUUGUGGCCACAAUAGCCUUUUUGUUGCCAAGCGCCGAGCACUCAACAGUGGAAGCAGACAAAAAGCUGAUGGUAUCACUGCUGCUCUGCCUGUUGGACUGGUGCAUGGCCGUUCCUCUGAGUCUGCUGCUGGAACCCAUCACCAUGCCUUCGCUGGAAGACCGCACAUCCCACAAGGCCCCGUUGCUGGACUACAUCUACAGGGUGCUGCACUGCUGCGUGUCCGGCUCCAACCUGCACACCCAACAGAGCCACUACCUCCUCAGCUUGUCAGACUUGUCCACUGACUAUGACCUCAUGUUGGGUCAGGUAAAGAGCUUCGAGCCACCACCUUACCAGACAACCACCACGGACUUCGGCAACCUACUCACCGUAGCUGAGGAAAAGCGACGUCGGAACAUGGAGCUGAUUCCGCUGACAGCGCGGAUGGUCAUGACACACCUAGUGAACCAUCUUGGCCAUCAUCCACUUAGCGGUGGCCCAGCCCUUCUCCACAGCCUCGUGAGCGAGAACCACGACAACCCGUACGUGGAGUCAUCCGAGCUGUCCUCCGAGGUCUUCAAAAGCCCCAACCUGCAGCUGUUUGUCUUCAAUGAUAGCACACUGGUGUCCUACCUACAGAUACCUUCGGAGACACCCACUGUGGGACAGCCGCCCCAGCCUUCAUCCCAAGUGCGUGUCAUCGUCCGGGACAUCUCUGGCAAAUACUCGUGGGAUGGAGCAAUGCUCUACUGCACCACCCAGGAAGACUCUGUUGAUGUGGGAGUUUUUAAUGCAGUUGACCGCCCUCUUUCUGCUACCACUACUGUUACUCACAGCAGAAACCAGCCCAGCUCUCCAACAAAGGGACCGUACAAAAAUCACUGCUCAGCCUCGGACUCUCUCUCUGACUGCUGCGAGGAGGACGAGGUUGAUAUUCUGGAUACACUUUUGGAAGACCUGGGCCACAGCAGCCCAGAAUGUCUGCCCCAGCCACAACUCAGGCUCAACCAGCCAGCCCCUUCACCCCAUGGCAUGAACCUAGAGCAAGAGAACGCCAUACUGGAGGCCAUUCUGCGUCAGACUCAGCAGGAAGACGAGCAAGUGAGGAGGUGGGAUGCUGAUGUAAGCUUUCGGGCCGCCUGCCAGAGGGAACCCUCCCACCAGGAACCAAAGGCUCCUUUCUACUUCUGUCGGCUGCUACUUAAUGACCUUGGCAUGAACUCUUGGGACCGCAGGAAAAGUUUCCAUUUGUUGAAGAAAAACUCCAAACUCUUAAGGGAACUGAAGAACUUGGAUUCCAGGCAGUGUCGAGAGACACACAAGAUUGCCGUGUUCUACAUUGGAGAGGGCCAAGAGGACAAGUGCUCCAUCUUGUCAAACAGCGCAGGCAGCCAGGCAUAUGAAGACUUUGUGUCUGGACUGGGAUGGGAGGUGGACCUGGCCACACACUGUGGUUUUAUGGGUGGCCUCCAGAGGAAUGGCAGCACGGGUCUUACAGCUCCUUACUAUGCUACCUCUACUGUGGAAGCUAUCUUCCACGUCUCCACUCGUAUGCCAUCUGAUUCUGAUGACUCCCUCACCAAAAAGCUGCGUCACCUGGGAAAUGACGAGGUGCACAUAGUGUGGUCAGAGCACUCCAGGGACUACCGUCGUGGCAUCAUCCCAACCGACUUUGGAGACGUGCUGAUUAUCAUCUACCCAAUGAAGAAUCACAUGUUCUUCAUCCAGAUCAUGAAGAAACCACAGGUUCCUUUCUUUGGGCCUCUGUUUAAUGGCGCCAUCAUCACUGGGACGCUGCUGCCGAGCUUGGUGCGGGCCACCUGUAUCAAUGCCAGCAGAGCUGUCAAGUCCCGGCUGACUCUCUACCAGAGCUUCUAUGAGGAGCGAGCGCUCUACCUAGAGGCCAUUGUUCAGAACCACAGAGAGGUCAUGACCUUCGAAGACUUUGCCUCACAGGUCUUCUCCCCCUCACCUGGCUAUCCAAUGAGUGGAACAGGCUCCUUCACCGGCAGCGCGAUCACCGACGCCGGAAGCACCGCAGCAACGACGGACACCGUCGACCAGGUUUCUCCCACAAUGCCCCGUGCCACAAAGAACCGAGUUUCCGGGAAACUCCGCCGAUCAGCCAGCGCUAUAAGCAAAUCCUCCAACUGAGCUCUCCAACCUGUCCCCCUUUCCUUCCCCUCCGAGCACAGCCUUUAAUCUUUUCUCGAAGAACCUCACACACCCAGCCGUGACUGCAAGUUUUUUCUUUUUUGCCGUGUAUUUUGUUUUAUUUUGUGUCAUAUAAACAUGUAACUGGAGCAUAUUGCAAUUUUUAAUUUAAGUGGCAAUCAUUGAUUUUGUUGAUACAUUUCCAUUUGUCGUGGUGUUUAACUGCUUAAUCAAGCUGGACGUGUGACUAAGCUAUUUAUGUUCACCCUGGUGGUUUCAGCUUACGAAUCAGCAGCAUAGGAAGACUUGACUGAGAAGUCUUAAACUAACCUGUGAUUAAAAAAUGUCGUUUUUAUUCUCGUUCUCUGGCGCGGUGUCGAUGCACUAGAGGAAUAAUACGUUCUUACUAUAGUAAGGGAAUGGGAGACUGCUUCACCCUGUUUCUAUAUCUCAUCUAUCUCAACACUUCAUGUGACAAAGCACUGAAUGACACAGCUGUAAAUGGCAUCCUGCUAAAACUGCACAAGAGAUUGGUAUCCAUUUAUAAACGUGUCUGCCUUUUACCUCCUCCUGCACCUGCCACAACCUUUCUGUGUCAACGAUAACCACUUCAGUUGGAUGGCGCUGUCGUCCUGCUCGCUAGCACCCGUUUUGGACCAUCUCCGUACACUGAAAAAGGAGAAAAGACUGAUGCAUGGGGAACGCCUCCCCAGAAUGAUUUGUACACACUGCACUACUACACAGACGUCCUGAGCAUUAAGUCCCUGCAGUGCGUGCAGUCCAAGGCUUUUUUUAAUUGUUUUGAACCCAGAAUGGACAAUCAAUGACGUCUUUCUAACUUGAGCUGAGCAGAAUUUUUUUUUUUUUUUUUUUUUUUAAUCACUCUAAUUUUCCUUUUUAAAUGAAUUCCGAUGGAUUGUGUCAUGAUUUGAUUUAUGCAACUCUGCUGGAAUGAGAAAAGACUGCGUUUGUAAUUGUUUUCUGAUGUUGUUAACAUAGGCUCAUGUCCGGUAAUUGAAUAAGUUCCUCCUGUCUCUUUCCUCUGCUAUCAGUUUCCCCUGUGAAGCUAAGACAUCGACAUUCCAAUGUUCCCGACCAACUUUUUUUUCUCUCUUUUGCACUCACUGUCAUUGAUUUAACUUGCAUUGAAUGUUUCUCUUUGUUCUUUGGAUGCAAAUUGCUUUAAAUUUUAUUUUUGCUGUUUUUUCGAUGUACAUAGAAAGGACUAUGUGAUGAAUUAUUUUUGUUGUUGUGUUGUAUUCAUGUGCUGUUUAGAGGAAAAAUACCGCCAGAGCCUCAGGUGAAUCUUAACUCCAUGCACUGGUGUGUGUGUGUGUGUGUGUGUGUGUGUGUGUGUGUGUGUGUGUGUGUGUGUGUGUGUGUGUGUGUUUGCGUGUGUGUGAGUGUGUGUGAGUUUCGGAGGGAGCUUCUCACAGUGCCUGUGUAAUGUCUGUCCACUAAGAUGCUGUCCAACACCACCUCCACUCCCAAUAAUCAGAUUUUAGUUUCUCCUCGUCAUAGCCUGAGACAAACCAUGGACACCCUGCAUCACAUCUCCCUCGUUAGCGGUCUAGAACAAAGUGUUUUCCUCCCCUGUGUCUCUAAAGGUCAGCGUCUUGUGCUACCCACAACAAAAACAACGACAGAUGGAUUUGGAAUUGUGCAGUUUCUCUGUUUAGUCUUUAUUACAGUGCUGCUCCGUCUUUAUCUGUGAAUGGACUCAAGUGGCACCGACUCCUCCUCUUUCCCAUGAUCCUCUCCCCAUGUCGCCUCUGAGGCCACGGGAGGGAUGGAGGGGGUGAGGGGGGUUCUGGGUUUAGGUGGCAUGCCAGAGCUAAACUCUAACAGCCCUCCUAGCAACAGCCAGGCCAGCGCUCUCACUUCUUCUGCGACCUGCCUGCUUAUAGGGUUGUCAUGGUAGCCAGGUGUUCCCCACACACACACAAUACACUCACACCCUCUGAGGGCUCCACCCAAGCUGCAACACUAUCCCCAUCUGUUGCACUAUAUGCCUUACUUUCCCCCCCAUGUUCUCCUGUCAUCUCUCUCCCCUCUCUCACAUGUCGCCUCCUUUUGUUUGUUCAUUCCCCGAGCAGAAAAUGGGGAAUCCAAACAGCGGGAGUAUUGAUGGAUCCAUUUUUUUCUUUGUGCUUUUGUUUUUUUGAAGAAUGUAUGAUAUAUAUAUAGGCCUGGAUCACAUCUAUGGUUUUUAUUCCCUCCCUCCCCUCAAAGCCACUUGAAGGAACCGCCCAGGAUGCUGAUCUAAAGAUUGUAGGCUAUAGAUGAUGUCUGUUUAAAAGGGGACUGUGCUCCCCCUUUGGUGGUGUAGUCGCUGGAGAUGUUAGUUCGGACCAAGAUAAGGAUUGUGUGUCUUAUAUACGUGAAGAAAAUGAGCUCGUGUUAGCCCUAGUAAUUUUUUUUCUUUUUCUUUUCUUCUCGUUUUAGAAAUCCUUGUACAUUGUGUCAAAUUUGAGGGCUUUGAGUGCCCUCUGAAUAUAAAUAUAUUAAUGCCUGUAAUAUAAUCUUUGUAUAAGAGAAAGAGGAAAAAAAGCUUGAAGAUUUCAUCAUGACUUGUCAACAUAUCAAACUGUUUUUAACGACCGAAGCCCUGCUAUCUUUAUUAGAAAUGUGAAAAUUGAAACAUUUCAUUAAAUCAAUUUGAAAUUCUACA